AUGAAUCUGGAAGGAGUAGGCGAUGCAGUCAGGUGCCGGGCGUUUCCCGUAACGCUAGCCGGCCCAGCGAUCCGAUGGUUCAACACUCUCCCGCAAGGAUCCAUCACGACUUUUGCAGACAUAUCCCAGAAGUUCCUAGCACGGUUCACGACGCGCAUAGCCAAAGCAAAGCACCCGAUUAACUUUUUAGGGGUUACCCAAAAACCCAGUGAGCCGACCAGGAAGUUCCUGGAUAGGUUUAACGACGAAUGCCUAGAAAUUGACGGCCUCACGGACUCAGUCGCUAGCCUAUGCCUAACAAACGGCCUGCUGAAUGAAGACUAUAGGAAACACCUAACAACCAAGCCUGUAUGGACCAUGUAG